CGUUAGCAAGGCUUAUUUUAAAGCGGAGGACGGCACCAACGGUUCCACAGGUAUCUGACGCAUAUCAUGUCGUGGGGGAAAAGCAGAACGAUACUGCGGUUGCUGUCCUUGUCGAGAAACCGCCACCGGCCCGAUAUUCGUGGCAUUGCCACGMGACGGCGAGACCUGUGGCCACCGCGGCGAAACGAGGAUUCGCGAGCCUUGGGCUCGUCCCUGAUCCACCACGUCCCUCCCGGUCGGAGAUCCUGGAGUUCGUCUGCAUUUUUCUCAACGGCACCCUCCGCAGAGUUCUCGGACGAGGAGGAUGGAUACGACGAAACCCUGCGAGAAAAUCCCUCCGCGAGAAAACGGGGGAGGAGAAAGGAUGUACCGGGCACCAGUAUCACAUCCAUGAACACAGACUACGAGGAGUCCACCAUUGACCGAAUAGUGUCCAGUGGAAUCGGAGAAUACCAGUCCCUCGACGUCGACACCGCCGUGACCGAGGGYUAUCUCCAGCGGCUGGUCGACGACCACAUCUCGAACAAGAGCAAGAUUCCCCCGAAUCCAAACAUGCUCCUCAACAUGCUCGAGCUCAUGCACAACGAGGAUACGCACCUAUCGAACGACACCGUUCUGAAGAUCUUUCGAGAAGUCGUGCGGUCGAAACGGGUUAAGCUCCUGGAGCGAGCGGAGGACGUCGUGGUGAAGAACCGCUACGACCCGCGCCUGCUGCGGAUGCUAGUCACGGGAUACCUCAACGCGGGGGCGCCCCGAAAGGCCURCCAGCUGCUGAUGGAAUGGCCGACCGAAUCGAUGCUCCACCAGCCGGGAAUCGAAUCCUACCGGCGCGUCCUGGCGGGGCUGGGCGAAGCCCGAAACCGCCCGAAACGAACGCGGCCGGCACCGAGUGAGAGGAAUYKCCGGCGUCGGAACGGGGAGGGCCGGAAACCGGAUCGUGGCACAACCGACAACAGCCAUUGCAGCGACGACGACACGGACGCCCAAAGMGACGACGAGAAAAAUUAUCUCCACGCGCACCAACUGUUGCAGCACAUGUGUCGCACGCACGCCAAAUUUCCGGAGUUGUCCCUAGCACCGGAUCGGGAUUGUUUCCACGAAGCUCUUGGUAGUUGCUCGUCCAUCGGAUCUUUGUCAACUGCAAAAGGUAUACUAGAAGACAUGCAGCGAUUUGCUACGUCUCCUGAAAGACCGCUUGACGCAGACCUGGAAACAACGGGCAGAAACAACGGUAUUAGAAUGCCAGCUGCCCUCGAYACAAUGCCAAAUGCAAGCACCAUUCGARUAUUUGUGAAUGCGUGGGUCGGCAACAAGRGAAACAGAAASGAAGCUACCGAUGCCCAUGAAGAAGCCUUCGGCUUUUUGCGUCGAAUAGAAGAGGAGACAUUGACAUGGCCGACCGACAAUGGUUCGCAGCCGAUUGUGGACAUUGACUGUUACAAUGUCUUGCUGAACGUACCAGCCGAACUCGGUAGGUUUGAACUGGCAGAAAAACUCUUCCUUAGGCUGAUGAUGGACUACCUGAAAGGAGAUAGAUCCAAUGURCAACCCGACGAGGUGACACUCAACACCGUGCUGAAAUCUCACGUCAAAGCCAACACGGAACCGGCCGCUGUGUCCGCCGAGGCGUUCUUGGAUCGACUCGAUCACUUUUUCGAACAACAAAGACGCUUGCAGAAGAAGAAACAKGGCUGUCCGGACCCUCCGCGCGUCGUCCAUGACAUCCAGCCGACGGCAAGGGCACGCUCUACCAUUUCCAACCUCUGGAUCAAGCUGAGACAGCCGGAAAAGGCAAUCGAGGUGYUGUCCAAAGCCGAAUCGGUAUACCGCGAAAAAGAAGAGAAGCUUGCCUCCUUCAGGGAGCAUUAUCCCAAUAAUUCCCACAUGUACAGAACGGAUAGCAUCAAGCAAUUCAAACCAGACAAAAUUACUUACCGACAAAUCAUUGGCGCCCUGUCGAAGCUGGAGGAUCCCCCUACUGCCGCCUUGGCCAUGAAAGCCGAAGAAAUCGCCGAACGCAAGUUUCAGAUGGGCCACAGGCUGAACCUCCGUACCAGCAACACCAUUUUGAACUGUUGGGCCAAGGCKGGACAGCCAGAGCGUGCCGAAAGAUUUUUGGAAGACGAGAUGGUCGAGAGGUACCAGGUGAUCCCCGACAUUGUGUCCUACAAUACUAUUAUCCACGGUUAUGCCAGACUCGGGAAUCUGGAUCGAGCCCUUGAGCUUUUGACUAGACUGCUCGAAGACAGCCUUUCCGGACAAGCGCARUCGAGAAGGUAUCCGAAACCCAAUGCGAGAACCUUUACGAACAUAGUCGUUGCUUUGUCGAAAGAGCACUCCAUCGAGGCAGCCGAGGAAGCCGAGCGUUUGCUCUUGAAAAUGCAMGAACUGAAUGACGCCCCCUAUAAUCUGAACACACGCCCCAACAACAUUACGUACAAUGCGGUCAUGAACUGCUGGGCUUCGUUGUCGUUGCCGUCGUCGAUACGCGAGCGGCGGUACAAACUUCAACACCAGGAAAAGUUGAAAAAUGGAAAGGCCAAGAAGGAAUCAAACGUCCAKGGUGACGGAGUUUGCGACAACAAAAACGAACACCACCGAUUCGGUCGCAAAGCUGAGUUUGUGCUGCGAUCCAUGCAGGGCCUCGGUGCCGACGAAAUGCCGAGUGCGAUAAGCUAUAACAUUGUCAUUAGGGCAUACAGCAACGAUAUGGUCAAGGCCGAARAACUUUUGCGGGACAUGAUCGCCAAUGGACUGGAGCCCACGGAACACACUUUCAAUACCCUCGUACACGUUUUGAAUAGGGAUUUCCGAAUCGUGGACAAGGAAAAAAAGCUGGAAGAAUUGAAACAAAACUACUUUUCAUCACUGCAAUUUGCGGCAAGGGAUCGCUCUCCGUCUCACAGAAAUCGAAAGGUGACUCUGAAAUAGCAAUGAGAACAUAAGGAACGAUAGUAAUAGAGAUAAAAUAAUAGU